GUUUGAUAAGCGCGAAUAGAUCGUGAUAGAUUCGGGUGUGUAAACGACGUGGGCGAAGAAUGAACAUCAUGUCGCGCCCGUUCAUGCCCACGAUCGUGAAGAUCGUUGUCUCGUCGAAGCAAUUAACAAUGCAGAGCGAUCGACGACUAACAUAACUUGCGUCAUGACGGUGGAUUCUGUGCCUAUAAUGCAGUGGCUGAUGGCGCGGCACAUCGCCGAACACGCGCGAGAAGUGGUCGUCGAGGAAGGCGACGGUGAAAAUAUCGGUGUUGAAUAUGAUACGUUGUACAUGGAAUUAGGAGGAUGGCAUCUACGAAAUUUCAAACAAGUUCGUGCAAUUUACUGCCGUACAUCAUCCAGGUUACACGUAUUACGACGCAAGGAGUAUUAUGCAAGGCGAAUUGGUUAUUCAUGUUAUUCACGUUGAACUUUUCGCUCUGGUAUUCAAAAGGAAGCUAAUGGAAAAUUAAGAUUCGAAGCAUUGAGUGUUAUUAUUGAGAAGACCAUUUAAUGAACUAAAGCGGCUUCAAUAAAGGAAGGACUGCCUUGGUUUAUCUCUCGAUGAUACUUCUGCUAGAUUUAAUCAUUCUUGUUAAUAUUACUCGAUAUUAAUGAUCGAAGCUCGGCACGAAAAUUUGACGAAAAUUGUAAAAGGAUACCGUUAUUACUUAAAAUGAGUGGGCCUUCCGGUGAUUGCAACGUGCAACCGACGCAGGAGAUCAAGGUCUAUAAGAAGCGAUGGCUGAUCCUCACACUCUUUGUGGUGUACAGCGCUAGCAAUGCUAUGCAAUGGAUUGAAUAUAGUAUUAUUACGAACAUUGUAGCGAAAUAUUAUAACGUCUCGGAUUAUGUAGUGGACAUGACGAGUAUGAUAUACAUGAUAACGUAUAUACCAUUGAUAUUCCCUGCCAGUUAUCUGCUUGAUAAUUUCGGUCUCAGAUGGACGGUGAUCGUCGGAGCAUUUGGUACCGCCAUAGGUUCCUGGUUAAAAGUUUUUAGCGUAGCCCCCGAUCGCUUUUGGAUCACAUUUUGCGGUCAAACUGUGGUAGCAAUUAGCCAAACCUGUAUUUUGUCCAUUCCUGCUCGGUUGGCCGCGGUAUGGUUUGGAGACAACGAAGUCAGUCGAGCUUGUGGCAUUGGUGUCUUCGGUAACCAGCUGGGUAUAGCUAUCGGUUUCUUAUUUCCACCAAUGUUAGUGCCGAACAAGGACGCCUGUGAAAUCGAAAGGGGGCUUCAAUGUAUGUUCUAUAUCGUCGCGGCUAUCACGUCGGUCGUACUAAUCCUCAUACUAAUUUUCUUCAAGUCGGCACCGCCUUUACCACCUAGCUCCGCUCAAGUUGUGCAAAGAGAAAAAUCCGAAAGCAACAAGGACGUGAAGAAAUUUUUUAAUUCUCUCGCAAGGUUGUGUUCGAAUCGUGGCUAUCUGUUGCUUUUAAUCAGUUAUGGCAUUAACGUCGGUAUCUUUUAUGCUAUAAGCACCCUCCUAAAUCGACUCGUCACCAAAGAAUAUCCAAAUAGUGAAGAGGAUGCUGGUCGAAUCGGCUUAACAAUAGUUUGUGCCGGAAUGGUUGGCUCUAUUGUCUGCGGUAUUCUAUUAGACAAAACACAUAAAUUCUGGUUGACGACGGUAGGAGUGUAUGUUUGUUCUUUGGUGGGUAUGAUAAUCUUUACUUUCACACUGGACGUGAAGAUAUACGUUGUCUACAUCACGGCUGGCAUUCUAGGCUUUUUCAUGACCGGAUAUCUGCCGGUCGGCUUCGAACUCGCUGCAGAAUUAACGUUCCCGGAGCCCGAAGGAACAUCUACUGGUCUACUGAACGCAGUCGUCCAACUGUUCGGUAUCGCCUUUACUCCACUUUAUCGCUACCUGCUUAACAUUUGGGAAGAUUUUUGGGCAAAUAUUGCGCUGUGCUGCAUUCUUGCAGUUGGCGUUUUGCUUACAACUUUUAUACCGAACGAUCUAAGACGUCAAAAAGCGAAGGCUUGACAGUUUGAACAGUCACCUAGCCAGUAAUGAGCUACAGUCUUUGAUAAGCUUCUGUAGUUCGAAGGAGUAGUUUUUGUCUCGACAAUACUUCCCAUAAACCUAUUAUCCUAGUUCAAUUGGGUCUUAACUUAUUCCCGAAUAUAUACUGUGUGCCAGAACUACCAUUUCUCUGAGCCACGUAUGUAUUCAUCCGAAAAAGGUAUACCUUUUUUGAAAUUAAAUGGAUUAAUAGAGGCCCUGAAGGAAUAAUCAGAUAGUAUAAUAGGCGUUUAUCUCGUAGGGACUUCUAAAUUUUUACUGUAAUAGAAACAGAUUUAACACUUAGUGCGCCUAAGUGCCAAAAUGCCUAAUGUUGAGAGUUUGUAGAAAGAUGUAAAGAAAUAGACCAAUAUUUUUAUGGAAAAAUUGAUAACUGAAUUUUUAGAAAAAAGAUGGUACAAUUUGCUUUAAGAGAUGACAAGAAAGCUAUAUACAUACAAUAUAUAUGUGUAGAGAUAUAUUUUUGUCGUCAUUGCUAUUAGAUUUAGAAACAAAGUGGUCUAACAAAUAUAUGUACAAACGACGAAGAAAAGUAAAAAUCGUCGGAAAAUUCUCGAUCCUGUUGUUAGUUGAACUUAAUCUCAGGUAAGCGGUAGUAUUUAAACGGUAUUGUGUAGUAAUUAACUCUGAAAAUCAGCGAAUUGAGAAUAAAUUAUAAUACUAAAUAAUAACACUGUUCAACAGUCAAAUUCUCUCCGAUAAUAUAUUUUCCAAAGAUUUUUUGCGCUGAACACGAUGAUGGAGAAAUGUGCACUUCGGAGAGAAAAAAAUAAUUUUUUUGUUGGACAGUGUAAUUACAAAAAUAUUAUGAAAUUAAUUUCGUCGUCUGUGACAACUAUUGACAAUAAUCUAUGAACUUUUAUCAUUUUCCAUUUUCUUAAACCUUCGGUGCUAUUCUAUAUCGUUUUG